AUGUCAGCCGCACCAGCCACGUCCCUACCGCACCGCACUGCGACCACCCACAGCAUUGCUACAACCUCCACGAGCGAUGAUGAAGGCGUUGUCGGCGAGGAUACCAGCGAGACAGCGCGCCUGCUACUCGAGCGCCUGCAGGCAUGGAAGCACAUGUGCGGAUAUCUAGAAGACUACAUCGAUGCCACGGCCAAGAUGCACAAGUCCCAGGCCAAGGACUAUGAGAAAGUGCUCAAGGCUAUUAACAACCCUCUCCGAGAGGGUCAUCAUUUCGAUCAAGGCUUGGAAGGUGUUGCAGGAUUGUUUGAGGUGAUGCGCAACAACACACGGGGAACAUCAAACAUGUAUAUCGAACUCGACAAGAACCUCAAAGGUCAAGUCCUGCCCAUCCUUGAAAGACUUCACAAGGAAAUCAAGAACAAAUCCAAAGAGCUCAAGACCGGCGCCAGCAAAGGAGGAAAGGCUGUCGACAAGGCCCGUAGCGUCACACAGAAACACAUCGAAUUGCUCGGCCAGCAUGCUGCUGCGUAUAGUUCGGCAUCCAAUAACAAAAUCGAGCCACAACAUGACCCUUAUAUCCUGCGCCGUGGUAUCAACCACCGAUUGAACAAGCAGGUUAUUGAGGAGAAUAACAGCCGCAAUGAUACUAUUGCAGUGCAAAACUCAUUCUCUUCAUUCGAGACCCAUGUCAUUCAGACUGUGCAGCUCGCUUUGAACACCUUCUUCCAGUUCAUGGGCGGUCAAUUGGAUCAGCAACGAGCCUUGUACGGCGACAUUAUUCAAAACGCACAAAAGAUUCCCACUGAUUACGAAUGGAAUCUCUUCGUUAAGCGCAACGACGGUAUCUUGAUUGACCCUGAGGCACCUCCUCGAUCUUUCAGCAACAUCUCCUUUCCCAACCAGGAACACGCUUCUACAAAGCCUCUGAUCGAAGGCACCUUGGAGCGCAAAUCUCGCGCAAUUAUCAAGGGCUUCAGCACCGGCUAUUUCGUAGUCACUCCUGCUCGUUACUUGCACGAGUUCAAGGAUAACGACGAUUUCACCAAGGAUCCUACUCCUGAGUUGUCUCUCUACCUCCCUGACUGCGUCAUCGGCGCUAUUGACGGUGUAAAGUUCCACGUCAAGGGCAAAGACAUCUCUAACGGCAAGGUCGGAAACGCCUUUUCGACUACCAGCGAGUUUCAAUUCAAGGCUCACACUCCCAACGACGCCGAGAAAUGGUGGAGAGUUAUCAAGGACGCAACUGCGGCUGUGGCGCCGGUUUCGUCGCCUGUGACUGAGACUGUGCCUCCUAUCAAUACCAAUGUUGGCAAUGGUAGUGCUACUGCUACCCCAGUUUCCGGUACGCCUGCCGCCACGACMCCGGCCACAAGCCGCAAUGUCAGCGCUACUCAGCCUCCUAUCGAUAAAGAGGUUGAUGUUGCACCUGAGACUGCCGAUGUUACUUCAGGCGUGAAGCGCACCCCCAGCCAUUACCACACUUCUCCAGGCGGUACUGGAGUAUAA